AAAAUGAGUGGUUUUGAAAGGUUAUACAAUUCUUGGAUCCAUUGAUUAUCAAACUAUGAAUGUUACAUUUAGGUUAACCUAGAAACUUCUUGGUACUCCUUAGAAUAAGAAGUCCAUGGAAGCACAUGAUUUAUAUUCCAAUUUAUAUGCACUAAUUGAAAUUCAUCUUCAAGAAGACGGACUGUCUAUGCUGUAUUUCUUAAAAAGAAAAAUUUAAUCACUGUCCUAAUUAUACCAAUAUCAAUCAGUACAAUCUCUUUUUGAAGAUGGUUCUCACCUACCAAAUCUUCUUGUGCUACCUGCAAGGCUUCAUGGGAUUUACAUAUAUGGAGCAAUGCUCAUCAACUGUAAAACAUAUGGUUGUUGGGAAGUAUCCUAAUGAUAUUGCUUAUUGAGACACGAUGGCAACUGCCGAAGAAACACAGCUUGAUAACAAUGUGCUAAUGACUCCAGAAACACAGCCUAAUGACGUGUUGAUGACUCCAGAAACCCAACCUAAUGACGAGAGUAUGACUCCAGAAAUCCAACCUAAUGACGAGGGUAUGACUCCACACAUGCAGCCUAAAGAUGUGAUAAUGACACAUGAAGCACAUCCUAAUGAUGUGAUGAUGACACAUGAAGAACAUCCCAAUGUUGUGAUGAUGACACACGAAACACAGCCUAGUGAUGUGAUGAUGACACCAGAAACACAGCCUGAUGAUGGGCUGAUAACGCCAGAAACGCGGCCUAAUGAAGUGCUGAUGACUUCAGAAACACAGGCUAACGAUGUGCUGAUAACUGCAGAAACACAGCCUAACAAUGUGCUGAUGACGCCAGAAACACAGUUAAACAAUGAGCGGGUGCUUGCCGAGUCACAGCCUAACAAUGAGCCGGCUAUUGCAGAGACAGAGCCCAAGAAUGAGCUAGCAAUUGCAGAGACACAUCCUAACAAUGAGCUAGCAAUUGUGGAGACACAUCCUAACAAUGAGCUAGCAAUUGCGGAGACACAUCCUAACAAUGAGCUAGCAAUUCAGGAGACACAUCCUAACAAUGAGCUACCAAUUCAAGAGAUGCAUCCCAGCAAUGAGAUAGCAAUUCAACAGACCCAUUCUAACAAUGAGCUACCAAGUCCAGAUACACAGCCUGAUAAUGUGCUGGCCCUUCAAGUGACACAGCCUAACAAUGAGGUAACCAGUCAAGAAACUCAACCUAACAAGCGAAGGAAAAAGAAGUCAAUGGUCUGGGAGCACUUCACUAUAGAAACUGUUAGUGCUGGAUGUAGAAGAGCAUGUUGUAAGCGGUGCAAGCAAAGCUUUGCAUACAGCACAGGUUCAAAAGUUGCAGGUACAAGUCACCUCAAACGCCACAUUGCCAAAGGAACCUGCCCAGCACUCUUACGUAGUCAGGAUAACAACCAAUUAACUCCAUAUACCCCAAGGAUGGGUGGAAGUGAACCUCCAAAGCGACGGUACCGAUCUCCUAAUGUGCCAUACAUUUCAUUUGAUCAGGACCGUUGCCGUCAUGAAAUUGCUAGGAUGAUCAUCAUGCACAACUAUCCUCUUCAUAUGGUUGAACAUCCUGGAUUUAUAACCUUUGUGAAGAAUCUUCAGCCCCGAUUUGACAAGGUGAGCUUCAACACUGUCCAAGGGGAUUGUGUUGCUACUUACCUGAGAGAAAAGCAAAGCCUUAUGAAGUUCAUUGAGGGCAUACCUGGACGUUUUUGCCUUACAUUGGACUUGUGGACUUCUAGCCAAAGCUUAGGCUAUGUGUUUAUAACUGGACAUUUCAUUGAUAGUGAGUGGAGGUUGCAAAAGCGGACUCUUAAUGUUGUGGUAGAACCUUAUCCUGAAUCAGAUGGUGCUUUCAGCCAUGCUGUUGCUGCUUGCCUUUCUGAUUGGAGUUUGGAAGGAAAGUUGUUUUCUCUCACUUUCAGUCAUCCAAUAAGUGAAGCAGGGCUUGAACAUCUCAGGGCUUUACUAUGCAUCAGGAAUCACCUUAUUCUUAAUGGUCAGUUAUUGCUGGGGAAUUGCAUUGCUCGUACUUUUAGCAGCAUGGCAAAAGUGGUGUUGGAGGCAGGACAAGGAAUAGUCAAGAAAAUUCGUGACAGUGUAAAGUAUGUUAAGACCUCAGAAUCUCAUGAGGAAAAGUUUCUUGAACUCAAGCAACAGCUUCAGGUCCCCAGUGAAAAAUGCCUAUCUAUUGAUGACCAAACUAAAUGGGACACAACAUAUCAGAUGCUGGUGGCUGCUUCAGAGUUGAGGGAAGUCUUUUCUUGUUUGGAUACUUCUGAACCUGAUUACAAGGGAGCCCCGUCAAUGGAAGAGUGGAAACUAGUUGAGACUCUAUGUGCAUUCUUGAAACCUCUUUUUGACUCUGCCAACAUUUUGACUACUACUACCAACCCAACUGCAGUUACAUUCUUUCAUGAAGCAUGGAAGAUUCACUCAGACCUUACUCGUGCAGUUACAAAUGAAGAUCCAUUUGUCAGCAAUGUUACCAAAGCAAUGCUAGAGAAGAUUGAUAAAUACUGGAAGGACUGUUGCCUGGUUUUGGCAAUUGCUGUUGUCAUGGAUCCCCGGUUCAAGAUGAAGCUUGUUGAAUUCAGUUUCACAAAACUUUACGGCGUGGAUGCUCCCACAUAUAUCAAGAUUGUUGAUGAUGGGAUUCAUGAGCUCUUUCAGGAAUAUGUUGCACUUCCAUUGCCUUUAACUCCAACCUACAUAGAAGAAGCAAAUGCCGGGGUCAAUGUGAAGACUGGGGAAUCCCAGGGAGGAGGUUAUCUGUCAGACAACGGACUGACAGAUUUUGAUAUGUACAUCAUGGAGACUACUAGCCAACAGACGAAGUCUGAACUGGACCAGUAUUUGGAUGAAUCUUUGUUGCCUCGUGUGCAUGAUUUUGAUGUGCUGGGUUGGUGGAAACUGAACAAGUUGAAGUAUCCCACACUUUCAAAGAUGGCUCGCGACAUUUUGUCAAUACCAGUAUCCAGUGUCGCCCCGGACUCUGUGUUUGAUACGGUAAGCAAAGAGAUGGAUCAAUACCGGAGUUCUUUACGACCAGAGACUGUGGAAGCCCUUAUAUGCGCCAAGGACUGGUUCCAGUAUGGAUCAUCAGAAGCAUCAAAUGCACUUGUGAAAAUGGAAUUUUAGAUUAUUUAUCCAUAAAUCACAGCGGCACAUGUAUGAUUAUGGUAGGCUGGUAUGUUAGUCAGCUGUAGUUUUCAAAUUCUGCAUUAGUUACCAUUUUUAACAUUCUAAAUAAUUGUUUGGAUGGUUGGACGAGAAGAUAUUUGUAGAGUAGCUCGUCAUUAGAUGCGGUUGGACAUUCAUCUUACUACAAUUAAUGAGCUUCUGCAGAUGC